AUGAUAUUUGAGCAAAAUAAAUUAGCAAUAAAUUUAUUUAUAUUAAUAUUAUCUUUUAAUUUAAAUAAUCAGUUAGAUAUGUCAAAUAAUAGAAAUUAUUCACCAUCAAGAGAGAGAGUAGCAAAAAUAAGUUCUUAAUUAAGUUAGAUGGAUUUAACAAUAGAAGGAGAGAGAACAAAAAGAAUAGAGGAAUCAGAGACAAGAUUAGAUUAAUUGGAAUCUGGAUUGAAUGAAUUAAAUGAAUAAUUAAGUUAAAGAGUAGCUUUGAUAAAAGAUAGUGUAUUGAAAUUAUAGAAAGUGUUGGAUUAAACAAAAUUAUAAAGAGAAUAACAUUUUGAAUAAAAAUAAAAGGAAUAUAUCGAUUUAGAGAAUUCAUUCAAUUAGGCAGUUGAAGGAUUGACAUCAACAAGAAAAGAUGGAGAAUAGAAGAUUAUAAGAUUUAUUGAAGAGAAGACUGGAUUAAUAAGAAGUGAAUUGAGUACAGAAAGUAGAACAAGAAAUGAAAAUAUCGAAAGAUUAAAUUAAUGUUUAGAAACAGAUUUACCAAGAUUACAUGAAGCUAUAAAGACAGAAGUAGCAGAAAGAGAAGAAAUGGAUUCAAACAUCUCUAGAAAAAUGAAUGAAGAAUUAAGCAAAUUAAACUAAUUAUUAGUUUAAGAGAAAGUCAAUAGAUAAGAAUCAGAAUAAGCAAUCUUUGAUAUGUUAAAAGAUGUUGUCAAUAGAAUCAAAACUGAAGUAGACAAUGAAAAAAAAUAAAGAGAAUCUACAGAAGAAACACUUCUAGCCUUAUUAGAAGAUACUUGCAAUAAAGUUAAUGCCGCUUAACUAGCAUGACCUUACAAUAUUCAUCAAUAAAAAUAAAAACAAAUUAAUAUCAUUCUAUC